AUGAAGAUGCUUACUUCUUUAUUUGUUCACGUUUUGCUUGUAGUGGUUGCCUCUACUACCAGAGUUUUUGGUAGUGGAUACCUUGAAGAUGAACCUCAUAGUGAUGGAGGACAUGUAACAACACAAGGAGCAAUCUACGGGCAUCCUCCACCACAACAUUAUGGUCAUUUACCUCCAAUUCACAAACACCCACCUCAUCAUAAACAUCCACCACCUCACAAGUAUCCUCCACCCCCUCGUGGCCAUCCACCACCGUUGCAAUACCCUCCACCACCCUCUCAUGGUUAUCCUCCACCUUCCCAAUCUCCACCACCUACUCAAUAUCUCCCACCCUCUCAUGGUUAUCCUCCACCUUCCCACUCUCCACCACCCUCUCAUGGGCAUCCUCCUCCUUCCCACUCUCCACCACCCUCUCAUGGGCAUCCGCCACCUUCCCAAUCUCCACCACCCCAAUCCCCGCCACCAUCUCCUAGGUAUCCACCACCAUCACCACCCACGACAACUUAUCCUCCACCUACUGCAACUUAUCCACCACCAUCGCCGCCCACUACAACAUAUCCACCACCCUCUCAUGGGCAUCCUCCACCUUCCCAAUCUCCACCACCCCAAUCCCCGCCACCAUCUCCCAGGUAUCCACCACCAUCACCACCCACGACAACUUAUCCUCCACCAUCACCACCCACUGCAACUUAUCCACCACCGUCACCACCCACUGCAACUUAUCCACCACCAACCCAGUACCCUCCACCUUCUCCUAGAUAUCCACCUCCAACUCAUACGUAUCCACCACCAUCUCAAACGUAUCCACCACCAUCCCAAUAUAAUCCACCACCAUCUUCACCAUAUCCUAGACCACCGCGUGCAUGGAAUUACCAACCACCUUACACCCAGUCAGUUACCCUUUGA